AUGCCAAACAGAAAGAUCGUGCGCAACCUUAGCAGGCUCUCGGGUAAAUCUCUCAAGGAGACCUUGGAAUCAAGUCAUGAAGUCCUGGAAAUAGACUCAGAUGACUGGCUCACAUCUCCAGACCUCAGUGAAGAUGGACUGCCCUUUUCCACGGAAAAUUUCUACGAAACCGCGGUCUUUCUUAUGGCCAAUCCGAAUAUCACUUCAAGCCAUUUGUUCCGGGCAGAUAUAUUAUUUGACAGCCAGGGUCUUCUCAAAACACCUCAACAGGAUGAAGAGCUUGCUGGGACAUUCGGCGGAUGUGCCACGGAGAUACCAGAGACCCCCGUAAAGGCCAAGCCUGCGGCCCAAGUGACAGGCUUUGAUCUGGUCAGGACUGUCAUUCGAAAAUUGAUUCCUCGAAAUCAGAAUAUUGAUAGGCCUCUUGUACAAACUUGUCAUUUCUACAAAUCAAAGACUUCGUCCUCAAGGGACGAUGAAGACCAUUCGAAUGAUGACCAACCCUCGGAACGGCAACGUGUGUUGACCAUGUUCCUUCCGCAUAUUGAGUCCCAGGAUGAUGUUCCUUUCUACCACCCGCAACUCAGGGGACUUGCGACUCUAUAUGACGUUCAGAGCUCACAAGAAGGUGUCAAGUCCGGAACCAUGUCUGUGCAUUUCCUACCCUUUUCAAGCGAUAUCCCUGAGCGCCUAGAGCGCACAUUGCAUCUUCUCCUCAACUUCUACGUUCGGCUCACACGUGGUGCCAAGGGCACAACAACCAACGAGAUUACGGGCAAAACCAGCUCUUCCAAGGACAAUCUUGUUCCCCGUCAUCUGGCUCAAAACACCUACGCACGACUCAAGAAUAUAUAUGCAGCUGACCUCUGUGAGAAUUGGGCUGAAAGUACCGAGCCAAGCAAGCAUGUCUAUGAGGAUCUGGCCAUUACCGCGUUUCUGAUCGAGCUAUGGCGAAUGAUGUACGGGGUUGCACCAGCUAAGGAGAACCCUAAUGGAGAAAACACAACAGCCAAAUUCCCAGGAUUCGUGGACAUGGCAUGCGGGAAUGGAGUACUGGUCUAUGUCCUCCUCAUGGAAGGUUACUCGGGCUGUGGCUUUGAUGCCCGUCGACGCAAAUCGUGGAGCGUCUACCCUGAUUGGGUCCAGGAACGACUCACAGAGAAGAUUCUCAUUCCCAAGCCCUUCGCCGAUAUCACGGAGGCUGGCGAUAUUGGAGUCAACAUAACGACGGGCGAUUUCCCGCGUGAUACUUUUAUCAUAUCCAACCAUGCCGAUGAACUUACUGUGUGGACUCCACUCAUCGCUGCCCUGGCAUGCCCAGAAUCCCCUCUCCCAUUCCUCGCUAUACCAUGUUGUUCUCAUGCGCUCUCCGGGUCACGAUAUCGCUACCCGCUCCCGAAAGGAACCAAGCCAAAGACUACGACGGGUGCCGCGGAGAAACCAGAUCAACACACAGAACAGAACCCACAGCCCGCCUCGGGUGACUUGAAGGCAUUGCGCGCCGCCAAACAAGCGGAGAAGACUGAGAGUGGCAUGUGGACAUCCAUGUAUGGCCUUCUCACGAAAAAGACCAUCACUGUCGCCGAAGAGGCCGGAUACCAAGUGGAGAAGACCCUGCUACGCAUUCCCAGCACAAGGAAUAUGGGAGUAAUAGGAGGUCGACAAUUAGUCUCCGAGCAGUGGAAGCAACUAGGGACCAGUAGCGCACCCACAGUGGCCGAAGAUCAAACAAAACAGGCUCCGCGGGUCGUGCAGAAUGUUAUGGAUAUUGUCGAGCGGGAGUGUUCCAGGGAAGGUGGAAUACAAGCUUCUGCACAGAUUUGGAUUGAGCGGGCCCGGGGCCUUCAGAAGGACCGCGGAAAAGCCACCAAUCCCGCAGACGAUGCUCAGAUACUCGAAUAG